ACGUUUCUGCAGAGAAUAUCACUUCAGAACUUCUUAGCAAGCUAGAAGAAGAUAUGACAAGGUAUGCAUAUUACUAUUCUGCGAUAGCAGCUGCUGUUCUUCUUGCUGCUUAUGUCCAGACUUCAUUUUGGACCCUAGCAGCAGGCCGGCAAAUAAAGAAAAUUAGAAAAGAAUUUUUUCAUGCAAUUAUGAGACAGGAAAUUGGAUGGUUUGAUGUAAAUGAUGUGGGAGAACUUAAUACUCGUCUCAUAGAUGAUGUCACCAAGAUUAAUGAAGGAAUAGGUGACAAAGUUGGAUUGCUUGUUCAAUCAGUCACAACAUUUGUAACAGGAUUUAUUGUUGGUCUCACAAAAGGAUGGAAAUUAACUCUUGUAAUACUAGCAGUCAGUCCUGUCCUGGGACUUUCAGCAGCUCUCUGGGCAAAGGUUCUCUCUGCUUUUACUGACAAAGAACAAGCUGCAUAUGCGAAGGCAGGAGCUGUUGCAGAAGAAGUUUUGUCAUCAAUUCGGACUGUAAUAGCUUUUGGAGGACAGGAAAAAGAGAUUAAAAGAUACCAUAAAAAUUUAGAAGAUGCUAAACGCAUUGGAAUAAGAAAGUCUAUUACGGCAAAUAUUUCUAUGGGUAUUGCUUUCUUACUGAUAUAUGCAUCGUAUGCAUUGGCCUUCUGGUAUGGAACUACCUUGAUAAUAGCUGACGAUUAUACUAUUGGCAAUGUUCUUACAGUUUUUUUCUCUGUGUUGAUUGGAGCUUUCAGUAUUGGACAGACAGCUCCAAGCAUAGAAGCAUUUGCUAAUGCAAGGGGAGCUGCUUAUGCAAUAUUUAAUAUCAUAGACACUGAACCUCAAAUUGACAGUUAUUCAGAGGCAGGCCACAAACCAGACCAUAUUAAAGGAGAUUUGGAGUUCCAAAAUGUUCGCUUCAAUUAUCCAGCCAGACCAGAUGUUAAGGUACUGAAGGGCUUGAAUCUCAAGGUUAACUGUGGCCAGACAGUAGCCCUGGUUGGUGGCAGUGGCUGUGGGAAAAGUACAACUGUUCAGCUCAUCCAGAGAUUUUAUGACCCCAACGAAGGCACGGUUACGAUCGAUGGGCAGGAUAUUAGGACCCUCAACGUCCGAUAUCUGCGGGAGAUUAUUGGCGUGGUGAAUCAGGAGCCCGUGCUGUUUGCUACUACUAUUGCAGAAAACAUUCGUUAUGGCCGUGAGAACGUCACCAUGGAAGAGAUUGAAAAAGCUACCAAGGAAGCAAAUGCCUACGACUUCAUCAUGAAGCUGCCCAAUAAGUUUGAAACCCUGGUUGGAGAAAGAGGGGCCCAGCUGAGCGGAGGCCAGAAGCAGAGAAUAGCGAUUGCCCGUGCUCUGGUUCGCAGCCCUAAAAUCCUCCUGCUUGAUGAGGCCACCUCAGCUUUGGAUACUGAAAGUGAAUCCAUUGUGCAGGCAGCGCUGGACAAGGCAAGGGAAGGACGCACCACAAUUGUCGUAGCUCAUCGAUUGUCAACAGUUCGAAAUGCUGAUCGUAUAGCUGUGUUUGAAGGUGGAAUUGUCACAGAACAAGGGAAUCAUGCUGAAUUGAUGGAAAGAAAGGGAAUUUACUACAAAUUUGUUAACAUGCAGACAAUAGGGACUGAUGUUGAAUUAUCAGAAAAUGAUGAAAAUGUCCUUAGUGCCAAAAAAAGUGUCUCUGAAUCAGAAUUGGACGAAUCCUUAAUGAGAGGAGGAUUGCGAAGACGAUCAACUCGGAAAAGCUUCAGAAGGCCAGGAGAAAAGAAUGAUGAUCCUGAUGUGAAAGCAAAAUUGCCUGUAAGUACUUUUGACAUUGAAGUACCUCCGGCUUCAUUUCUGAAAAUUAUGAAAUUGAACAAAACUGAAUGGCCAUAUUUUGUAGCUGGCACUAUAUGUGCAAUCAUCAAUGGGGCUUUACAACCUGCAUUUUCAAUCAUAUUUUCAGAAAUUAUUGGGAUUUUUGCAGAAACUGACAAGACCGUUAUAAGAGAAAAGAGCAACUUAUAUUCACUGCUGUUUUUAGCACUUGGGAUCAUUUCAUUUUUCACUUUCUUUUUCCAGGGUUUUACAUUUGGCAAAGCUGGAGAAAUUCUCACAAUGAGGCUUCGAUUCAUGGCAUUUAAAGCAAUGCUUAGACAAGAUAUGGGCUGGUUUGAUGAUACGAGAAAUAGCACGGGAGCAUUAACUGCAAGACUUGCUAAUGAUGCCUCACAAGUGAAAGGAGCAACUGGUGUCAGAUUGGCAUUAAUUGCCCAAAACAUAGCUAACCUUGGGACUGGAAUUAUUAUAUCAUUAGUUUAUGGCUGGCAGCUGACCUUAAUUGCCACGGAAGCCAUAGAAAAUAUUCGAACUGUUGCAAGUUUGACCCGAGAAAGAAAAUUUGAGGUCAUGUAUGGAGAACAUCUGCAGGUACCAUACAGUUAUAUACGUGGUUUUAUCAUCCAGAACCCCUUUUAUGCACUGUACACGCAGGCUAAGUCUUUGAGAAGAAUUUUGGUGCAUGAACUUUGA